AUGCCACCUUCAUAUCUGACUUUUGCAUUAGAUAGAAAUCAUAAUAGUAAUGGAGCUUAUAAGAAUUUAAUAAAAGCAUUUGAAGAAAAGAAUAUAACUAUAAAUAGUAUUAAGAACUUAAGUGAAUUAGAAUUACUUAAGUUAGGAGUUACCAAAAUCAGGUGGUGA